AUGGGAAAUUCACAAUCGAGCCCGUCGAAGGAUGAGACCCGCCGUACCAAUCGACUAUCAAAACCAUUGACGCGGAAGCUCGCUGCGCUUAGCACGCCCCAGUCGUCCCGUCCAAAGGAUGAUGUGCCAGAGCUGGCCACAGGAUUGAUCGGGUGGCAGAACCCUUGGGUUGGAUCAAACAUUUCUGCGGAUGUCAGAACCAGCCCGUCAAAGAAGAAAGAUGGUUCCCCAACCUUUAUACAACCCGACCCAGUUUCUCCAGAGCAAGGGGAUACUGCAUAUAUCUCAUCUCCAGUAGACUGGGUCCCAGAUGCAUAUUCGCCUCGAUCAAAUUCUCUUUCUGCCAGUCCUUCGGUUCGAAGAGCGUCCUAUUAUCCUGGGGGCUUUGGCGAGCCCUCACGGUCAUCUAUGAACCCGCGGCAACCAAGACGGUCGAAUUCGGUUCAAACUCCGCUCCAGCGACACAAUAGUGUGAUCUAUGAGAAUGCCCUCGAUGAUCCCACGUCUUCGAACACUCACUUUCUUGUUGGCAACCAACGCUUCUCCCUGACACGCCGACGGUCUUUGCUGACUCGACCGGGGGUCGCGACUCGUCGGACAACGAGCGCAAUUCGUCGUGUGCCAUCUCCAAUUGGAGAGCCAGAUCAUGACUCUUUGGAUGAAGUCUUACACUGGCCCUUGCCUCAUCGUCAUCGAGUAUCCCUCCCCACGACAGCUGCGGCUCGCCCGAAUAGCCCUACGGACUCUCGAUACACCCAGCUUGGAGCUCUGAAAUUGGGAUCUCUACGGGUCGUUAACGGGUCUGCUUCCCCUUGUCCAAGUGAGCGGACUCCUUUGGGUCCGUCGCACAUCACGAAUGCGGGCUUGGGACUGGAGAAUGUUGAGACGGCGCGCCCAACAGGAACCAAACUAGAUAUUCCGACGUUGCCGGACUUGAAGAAGUCCGACGACACUCCGGGCAGCCCGUUCUCGUUUGAGAAAUCCCCUACUAUUGGGAUAACCACCCGCUCCAAGUCUAUUCUUGUCGGGGAGGUAGAGGACGAAGGCAUUGAAAUGUCUGUCGAGCGCAGCAGCAGUCAACGGGAAAAGGAUUUGAUGGAGGUGGACCCAGACCGACGCACUUCGCGAUCGUUGGACAAGUCCGACAGUGGCUAUAGCUCGGCGGCUUCGGUUCGUUCUUUCCAACCAAGUCGAACGCGGCAGUCCUUCGACUCUCAAACAUCGGGAUCCUGCACUACAGACGGCGCUCGAACCCCCUGGGUCACAAAUGAUCAACCCUUCACCCCCUUAAAUGAGACCAUCCAGCGCCACCUCAGCCUUCAAGAUGCCAAGCCUGGGAACUUCUCUCGACCACGCCCCAAUUCUGGUCGCUGGUACGAUCCCUGCGGCCCAGCCUCCCCGCCCCUUCCGGACUUGAAGGCGCGCCGAUCCUCGCUCUGUGCUCCGCGGUAUACAGAGUACCCGGAGCAGAGCUAUCUCGGCACGAAAAGUGUCAUCGCGACUACAUUACCUUCCCGCUUCGAGGUGCGGAAAGAGGAAUCGGCCUCCGCCCGCGGGCCUCUCUAUGCUGACCGCAUUUCAACCGAUAUCGUCGACAUGAUCCACACCUCGGCUAUGUCAAGGCCUGGUGCCCAACAACUUCCAAGCAUUGACACCUCAGGGCAAAUUUACCGAUCAUCUUCGCAGCGCUAUAUGAACGACAGUUCUGAAACGCUUACCAAUGGUUCACGCUCACGCAGCCGACCUGGGAGCCGGGUUUGGUCCCAAAAACCGGGCAUGGACGUUCCACCUUUGCCCACUAUUUUAUCUCCCGAUCAUCAACUCGCGGGAGAAGCACAAGAUGAGGAAUUUCCCCUCCAGGAGCCCCAUCGUGGCCGGCCUCGCAGUCGCAGCCAGGACUUUCGCCGAAAGCAGGCCAAGACCCGUCCGCCACCUGAUGUUUAUAUCACAAAAUCUGCUUACGCGCUUCAGUAA